AUGCUUUUGGAGGAGCGGUAUGAGGGUGCCAGGAUGUGUUACUCUCAGGAUGGCCCAACCUUUUUGGAUGUCUUUGACGCCGAUGAAUAUGCAGAGUAUAGGGAGGACAACCUUUUCUACCCUUCCGCAUCCAAGGAAGAGUGGGAAAUCACUUCCCCUGGCAAGUACCAGUCUUCGCACUCUGCAGAAUUGAUUCCAACCUUCACCCCCUGUUCAGAUUCAAAAGUUACACCUUUCAUUCAGCAACGCUAG